GUUAGACUUGUUACUUACAUGUGAUGCCAUUCCAGCACUGGGCUCAUGGAGGCUGAACAUUUAUUCAGGAGUCCAUAGAGGCUGCUGCGUUCUAUGAAGAAGAUGUCUAGCAGUAACACUACUCAAGAGACGCUGGAAAUAAUGAAAGAAUCAGAAAAAAAACUGGUGGAAGAAUCUGUAAACAAAAACAAGUUUAUAUCUAAGGCUCCAAGCAAGGAAGAAACUGAGAAAGAGAGUGAAGAUACCAGUUUGCGUCAGGAGACACAGAGGCGGACAUCCAACCAUGGUCAUGCCAGGAAAAGAGCCAAGUCUAAUUCUAAGCUGAAGUUGGUGCGCAGCCUUGCAGUGUGUGAGGAGUCCUCUGCACCAUUUACUGAUGGACCACUAGAAGCCCAGGAUAUAAUUCAAUUGCACAUCAGCUGCCCCUCUGACAAAGAGGAAGAGAAGUCCACAAAGGAUGUCUCUGAAAAGGAAGACAAGGAUAAAAACAAAGAAAAGGUUCCAAGGAAGAUGCUGUCUAGAGACUCCAGCCAAGAAUAUACGGACUCCACUGGAAUAGACCUACAUGAAUUUCUUGUAAAUACACUGAAAAAGAACCCAAGGGACAGAAUGAUGCUGCUAAAAUUAGAACAGGAGAUUCUGGAAUUUAUUAAUGACAACAACAACCAGUUCAAGAAGUUCCCACAGAUGACCUCAUAUCACCGGAUGCUAUUACACCGGGUGGCUGCCUAUUUCGGAAUGGACCACAAUGUUGAUCAAACUGGAAAAGCUGUCAUCAUCAACAAAACCAGUAACACAAGAAUCCCUGAACAGAGAUUCUCAGAACAUAUAAAGGAUGAGAAGAAUACAGAAUUUCAGCAGAGAUUCAUUCUCAAGAGAGAUGAUGCCAGUAUGGACCGAGAUGAUAACCAGAUCAGAGUUCCAUUGCAGGAUGGAAGGAGGAGCAAGUCAAUAGAAGAGAGAGAGGAGGAAUAUCAAAGGGUCCGAGAGAGAAUAUUUGCCCGAGAGACUGGCCAGAACGGAUAUCUAAAUGACAUCAGACUCUCCAAAGAAGCCUUUUCUUCUAGCUCUCACAAGAGAAGGCAGAUUUUUAGGGGGAACCGCGAGGGGCUGAGCCGCACCUCAAGCAGCCGCCAGAGCAGCACAGACAGCGAGCUCAAGUCCCUGGAGCCUCGGCCCUGGAGCAGCACGGACUCUGACGGCUCCGUCCGGAGCAUGCGGCCCCCUGUCACCAAAGCCAGCAGCUUCAGUGGAAUCUCUAUCCUCACCCGGGGUGACAGCAUUGGGAGUAGUAAAGGUGGCAGUGCAGGAAGGAUCUCCAGGCCAGGUAUGGCACUUGGUGCCCCAGAAGUGUGCAACCAGGUCACCUCAUCCCAGUCUGUCCGGGGCCUUCUCCCUUGUACUGCCCAGCAGCAGCAGCAGCAGCAGCAGCAGCAGCAGCAGCAGCAGCAGCAGCAGCAGCAGCAGCAGCAGCAGCUUCCUGCUCUCCCACCCACGCCUCAGCAACAGCCACCCUUGAAUAAUCACAUGAUCUCACAGCCAGUCCCGGCUCUGCAGCCCUCUCCGCAGCCUGUUCCGUUCUCUCCAGGCUCCUGUCCCCAAGUCCUUCUGCCAGUCUCUCCGCCCCAGCAGUACAACAUGGCAGAUGACCUCAGCAACCCCUUCGGACAAAUGAGCCUUAGCCGCCAAGGUUCUGCUGAAGCAGCUGACCCAUCCUCAGCUCUGUUCCAGCCCCCACUUAUCUCCCAGCACCCUCAGCAGACUGGCUUCAUCAUGGCUUCUACGGGGCAGCCCCUCCCCACUUCCAGCUAUUCCACUUCUAGCCAUGCACCACCUACUCAGCCAGUCCUGCCGCCCCAGGGCUACAUGCAGCCCCCUCAGCAGAUCCAGGUUUCUUACUACCCCCCCGGACAGUACCCUAACUCCAACCAGCAAUAUCGACCUCUCUCUCACCCGGUGGCCUACAGCCCCCAGCGCAGUCAACAGCUGCCUCAGCCAUCCCAGCAGCCUGGUUUACAGCCCAUGAUGCCUAACCAGCAGCAGGCGGCUUACCAAGGCAUGAUUGGGGUCCAGCAGCCACAGAACCAGGGCCUGCUCAGCAACCAGAGGAGCGGCAUGGGGGGCCAGAUGCAAGGCCUGGUGGUUCAGUACACUCCACUGCCUUCUUACCAAGUCCCAGUGGGUAAUGAUUCGCAAAACGUGGUCCAGCCGCCUUUCCAGCAACCCAUGCUGGUCCCUGCGAGCCAGUCUGUACAAGGGGGGCUCCCAGCAGGGGGCGUACCAGUGUACUACAGCAUGAUCCCGCCCGCUCAGCAGAAUGGUACGAGGGGAAGCCCAGGAAGCAACAGCUGUCUGCCAGGAGCUGUGUCCCUCCCUCUGCUGCUUUACCACUCAUCUCUUCUCCAUCUCCCCAGCCCUUCUGUGGGGUUUCUGCAGCCUCCUGGUUCUGAGCAGUACCAGAUGCCUCAGUCUCCCUCUCCCUGCAGUCCACCACAGAUGCCACAACAGUACUCAGGAGUGUCACCUUCUGGACCAGGUGUGGUGGUCAUGCAGCUGAAUGUCCCUAAUGGAGCCCAGGCCCCCCAGAACCCAUCCAUGGUCCAGUGGAGUCACUGUAAAUACUACAGCAUGGACCAGCGGGGGCAAAAGCCUGGAGACCUGUACAGCCCUGACAGCAGCCCCCAGGCCAACACACAGAUGAGCAGCAGCCCUGUCACAUCUCCCACCCAGUCUCCAGCACCUUCUCCUGUCACCAGCCUCAGCAGUGUCUGCACCGGACUCAGUCCCCUUCCUGUCCUCACACAGUUCCCCCGGCCUGGGGGUCCAGCACAGGGUGAUGGGCGCUACUCCCUUUUGGGCCAGCCGUUACAGUACAAUCUGUCCAUCUGCCCUCCCUUGCUCCACGGCCAGUCAGCUUACACGGUGCACCAGGGACAGAGUGGAUUGAAGCAUGGAAACCGGAGCAAGAGACAAGCACUCAAAUCUGCCUCCACUGACCUGGGGACGACAGAUGUUGUCCUGGGGCGGGUGCUGGAGGUGACAGAUCUCCCUGAGGGCAUCACCCGUACCGAGGCGGACAAACUCUUCACUCAGCUUGCCAUGUCCGGCGCCAAGAUCCAGUGGCUCAAGGAUGCUCAGGGGCUGCCUGGUGGGGGUGGGGGAGACAACGGUGGGACUGCCGAGAACGGCCGCCACGCAGACCUCGCUGCCUUGUACACCAUCGUGGCUGUGUUCCCCAGCCCCCUGGCUGCCCAGAAUGCCUCCCUUCGCCUCAACAACUCCGUGAGUCGCUUCAAACUUCGAGUGGCCAAAAAGAACUAUGACCUGAGGAUCCUGGAGCGAGCCAGCUCCCAAUGAACGGAGGAGGAGAAGGGACCAGCACGGCGUUGGGGGGGGGGGGCAGGGCAGGGUGGAGGGGGUUGCGGGGUCCUGACAGGCCACAGAGGCAGAAAGGAAGGUGACAGACACUAAACUGAAGCCUAAGACAGUAGGGAUGAAGAUGGAAACAGACAGACACUGACACUCUCACUGGACUCUCACUCCCCUGUCAAGGGUCCCCUUUCUCCCUGGUUGGCCCCACGUUGCUUCCCUCUCCUUCCUGUCCUCUUCUAUCAUUUUUAAAUCUCUUCUCUCACCACAAAAUUAAUUUCUUUCAUAAUUUUUGGUCAGGUAGAAUUGGGAGGAUCCCAAACUCCCCUGUUCUAUUUCCUUGCCAUCCCAAACUCUCCUUUCUUUUUUGGUCUUUAUGAAUAUAUUUAUAUGGACAGAAUUAAGAAAAAAUGAAAUUGAUUUCCCCUUUCUCUCACCCCAUUCUGUCUCCCCAAGCCCCACAGAGUUAAAACUUGGGCCUCCCUCCACCCCCCAGAACACUUGUAUAUUGUUUGAGAUUUGUGCCGCAGUAACAGACACAGUAUUUAAUUGCACAUACAGAUGUUUGCUGGGUAUAUUCACUGUAAAUUUUAUUUAAUCUGAUUUUUUGUUUGUUUGGGGGGUUAUUUGGCGGGAGGUUGAUUUUGUUUUUAAAUAUAAAAAAAAAAUCUGUUACUGGA